CAAACAUCCAAUUUUGUCAAUAUGUGCAAGCCAAUACAAUGUCAAACCUGCCUCCUUUCUACCUGGAUCGGCUGCGGUCUCCACAUCCCAACCGCCAUGGCUGGCACCCCUAAGGCUAGCCGGUGCACCUGUGUCGAUGCCACUACUGGUAUUCAAGGUGAAUUUCCACCAAAGUAUGGUACCGGUGUGGCCAAGGCCUAAAAUUGAUGGCGAUAACCAGAUGAAUUGGCCACUAGGGGAGUAAAUUAGAUUCUAUCGGGUAGGUGAAAAUGAGAUGCGAGUCAUGCUCUGAAUCUUCCAAGCUUGUAGGAAAAAGGUAGCAUAAAGUUGUUGUGAGCGUUGGUGCUUCUAUGAGUCAACCGGUUUACUGAUGACAAUAGGAGAACCCCCACGGCGAGAGCCGAACUCGCAAUCCUUUAAUUAAAAGUCAAAUACGUUGAUUGUGCAGGCAUCUGACGACCUACUCAACCCACGAAGAAAAAUCUUGGAUGUAGAUUCUUUCAAAAGCAAUCUGGAGAACAGUCACCGUGCUAAAUGAGCCUCAACUGGUUUCCU